AGUCCCGACUCGAACAUUUGUAUCCACUGAAGGUUUCCUUUCGAAAGGGGCUGUAAUGAGACUAUUAAUUCAUAUCGCUUUCGUUGCAGCAGCGACAUAUUUUGUGUCGUCUUCAGCGCAUGACGGCCCACUGGUCCACACCAAGCUGGGAUCCCUGAGAGGGGAGUACCUGCGGGUGAGGGGGAAGCCUACAGUGGUCCACUCGUACCUGGGAGUGCCCUUUGCCAAACCACCUGUGGGGGCCCUCAGGCUGGCCGCACCCCAACCUGCAGAGGCAUGGGAGGGCGUUAGGGAUGCCACCAAGCAGCCACUUAUGUGUAUACAACUGCGUGAGGCCUCUGUCAACUUGUCAAAAUCCUUAGAUAUGCAUAUGGAGAUCCCGGAGGUAUCUGAGGACUGUCUCUAUCUCAACAUUUACACCCCGGCCAAACCAGCCCAAGAGGCCAAGUUACCUGUGAUGGUGUGGAUCCACGGAGGAGGGCUUGCCAUGGGCUCCGCCUCUUUUUAUGACGGCUCAGUUUUGGCAGCCUAUCAGAAUGUGGUAGUGGUGGCCAUUCAGUACAGACUGGGAAUGCUGGGCUUUUUCAGCACUGGGGAUGAGAACGCCCCUGGCAACUGGGGUCUGCUGGACCAGGUGGCAGCACUGCAGUGGGUCCAGGAGAACAUCCAGAGCUUUGGGGGAGACCCCUCGUCUGUCACCAUAUUUGGGGAGUCCGCAGGGGGAGUGAGCGUCUCACUACAGUACCUGUCACCUUUGAGCGCUGGGCUGUUCCAUAAAGGUAUAGCGGAGAGUGGAACAGCAGGCAUGUCGGUACUCGUCACUCCUGAUCCUAUGCAGAUGGCUGUGACAAUGGCCAAUUCAUCAAACUGUGCUGGCUUCAAGCCCCAUGAGAUCGUGGAUUGUGUGAUGGGCAUGUCAACUGAAGAGGUUCUGAAAGUUGCAGAGAAUGUAAUGUUGAUGUUUAUGGUGACGGUGGAUGGGCACUUCUUGACAAAAAAUGUUGAUGACCUCUUCAAGUCGCACCAGAUUCAUAAAAUUCCGUUCAUGAAUGGCGUCAACAAUGAUGAAGGCGGAUAUUUAAUUGCUCAGUUUUUUUCGCCGCCUGACUGGGAAGAGGGGAUUGACAAGGACGCCGCAAAAGAGACCCCUGGCCUCCUUAUGCUCACUGCAUUUAACAGCGAUGCCACUGACCUGAUGGUGGAAGAGUACAUGGGAAGUGGAGAGGACAGGGUCAAAAACAGGGACGCAUACACCCAACUCGUCGGUGACAUCAUGUUCACCGUGCCUGCCAUCAGGACAUCGAACGCUCACAGAGAUGCAGGAGCACAUGUGUACAUGUAUGAGUUCCAGCAUCCUCCAAGCUUACUGGCAGCCAAGCGUCCCAGUUUCACAAAAUCAGACCAUGGAGACGAGAUUGCGUUUGUCUUUGGGUACUGCUUUCAGAAAGGCCAUGUCGUCAUGGAUGGUGAUUUCACAGAGGAAGAGGAUGAGCUGUGUAGAACUGUCAUGGCCUACUGGGGCAACUUCGCACGCACUGGAUCUCCAAACGGCCCUGGCUUGACCCACUGGCCGAUGUACGGUGCUGGGGAAGAGUAUUUGGGGAUUGGACUGAAGCAGACGGUGGAGAGCCAUCUGAAGGCCGACCGCUUCACCUUCUUCACACAGACACUCCCCAGCCAGAUCGAGGAGAGGCAGCAGCAGCAGCAGCAGAAAGUAGAGUUGUAGAGGGUUGAGCUUAAUCACUCCUGAAGUUCUGUCCAAUAUCCUACCUCCCCUCCUCAACAAGUGCUUGUGGCCUCGUGAUGAUGUCACAAGAAGUCAUUGAGGACAGAAAAUUAAAUCAACAUCUCACAAAAGUGCAAUGGAAUGGUCGUUUUCUCAUUUGUAAUCUGGAGGUUGAAAGGAGGACACUCCCCUCGACAGUUGUGGCAAGGUUGACAUCGUGGAAACUUGAUUGUUUUCUCCACGGAGGUGGGGGUGUCACAGCAAGCUCGAGACCAAAAGCACAGGUUGAGGACGGAAGUCCGGAUAUUAGAAAGAGACCCUUUUGCUCACAACAAUCCAGCACUGCUGUUCGCGUCUUCAACUUGCAUUGCCAUAGUAUCUAAUCAUUCGUUUUCUUUUGUUUCAGACAUGUACGUAAAGGCUUUUUCCUUUACCUGACAUGUUUUGACCGUGUAACUUUCCUCUACAUCAGAAAACUUAUGACUAGAUUGAACAAGUAGACAUGGUAACACUUUAUAAUAAGGGGAGGAUAAUACGCAUUAUAAAAACGUAGUAAAUAAUUAACUAAUGAUGAACAAAACAUUCACAUUUUUUGUAAAUGAGUGGGAGAUGUUAUGUUAAUAUUCUAUAGGUAAGUUGGUAACACUUUAGAAUAAUGGAUGCAAAAAAGCAUUAUUAAGACUUAAUAAAUAAUUAACUAUUGAUGAACAAAACAUUAACAAACGUUUGUAAAUGACUAAUAAAUGUAAACAAAUGCUUGUAAAUGACUAGGAAAUGCUA